GUUGCCUAGCACCAACAGCCUCGGGGCAUAUUUUAAUACAGAACUAAGGGGAGGACGUUUGCCACUUGGCUUCAUCUCAACCAUCAUCAGGGGUGGCUUCAAAGAGACACAAGGGGGAAUAAAAAGAGUAGGCUGGUGGUUUUCAAGAGAAGUUAAGUCUAGUCAUAUUUCUCUGAAAGUCACAAGGCAGAAGAUAUGUCAAAAGCAGAAUUUAAAAGACAGCACCAUGAGCGUGUCCCUCACCUGUAAAUUACCCUGAAGAAUCACAUUAAAAAGUAUCUUGGGGGCCUGGCCGGUUUGGCUCAGUGGAUAGAGCGUUGGCCCGAGAACUGAAGGGUCCCGGUCCCGGGUUCGAUUCCGAUCAAGUGCACGUACCUCAGUUGCAGGUUCAGUCCCUAGGGCGCCUGUGGAGGCAACCAAUCGUGUGUCCCUCACAGCAUGUUUCUCUCCGUCUCCCCCUCCCACUCUCUAACAUGGGAAACAUCCUGGGUGAGGAUUAACAGAAAAGAAAGAAAAGUGUCCUGGGACAGAAGCCUAUGAAGCAGAAGCCUUUGAUGGGGGUCUAAUAUGCAGUGUUCCCCUAUAGCAGGAACGCAAUCGCUACCUGCCCGUAGGGCCUCCCGCUGCUCAUUCAAACUCAAGAGAAGGCCUUCCUGGACCGGCUCACGUCACCUCGGGCAUCCAUCCGCCUACAGGUGGUGGAUGUGACAGGACAGUCUGGUCGAGCGACAGGACAAGCCGUUUUCCCUCUCGGACUCAGUUAAUCCAGAUCGCAGACCGCUGCCUCUGAUCCCACCCCGCAGCCCGGCUGCGAGCAGCGGGAGAAGGAGCGGAGUGGACGCCGGAGACCACCGCUGCGGCCGAGGCCUUCCCCAAGCGCGGCGCCCCGCACCCUGGGCCGGCCAUGGCCGACAGCGGCGGCACGGGCAGCUCGGGCCCCUGGUGGAAAUCGCUGGUGAACAGCAGGAAGAAAAGCAAGGAGGCCUCGGUGGGGGUGCAGCCUCCCGCCCAGCCUGCCCCCGGGGAGCCCGCGCCGCCCAGCCCGGACUGGACUAACAGCUCCCAGGAAAAUCAGCACCCCAACCUCCUGGCGAGCGCCGGCGAGCCCCACAAGCCAGACAAGUUGUGCGCGGACAAAGCCGGCAACAGCCGCCGCAAUUUGAAGAUCUCGCGCUCUGGGCGCUUCAAGGAGAAGCGGAAAGUCCGCGCCACUCUGCUCCCGGAGGGGGUCCGAGCCCUGGAGGAGGCGGACUUCCCUGGGGACCCCCAGGAGGACCAGCCGUAGCGGGCGGACUCUCUUCCCACCGCAGCUCCCCAACCCCCAGCCCCAACCCCGAGAAUUCUGGCCUGCCUCUGAGCGUGGUGUCUCAGUCCCACCAAAUUAGAAUAUCCACACGCGAUUUCACGUUCCUGGAAAUGGAAGUGUCAAUUGAGUUUUCAGUAGUCCGAGACUCAAGGCUACAUUAAAUAUUUAUUUGUGGUAAGAGAAGAUGCCCGCCACCCAGGAAGUCGGCCUAAUUAUUAUCUUCAAAAAGCUCUUCUGUGGCCUCCACCCUUGUAUCACCUGUGGGAGCGAGAGGGGCACCACCGCUCUAAGAGAUGGCGGCCCCCCUGGAAUUGUGCAGACCUCCGGUGGGGAAGGCGCGCUCUGAUUAGGAGCUUGCUGUUGGAGAGCCAUCCGUGCUGUUUUCAAUGCCUGAGAAAUGCACUUUAGAAGCACUUGUGUAGACCUACACCUUGCGUGAAGGAAUGGGGGAGAGCAGGAAACCUUCUACGUAGAAGCAUGUUAAGUAAGGCAAGGUUGCUUUCAACCUCGGCCUAUGAAACUGCCCUGCCUGUUUUAGUACUAUUAAAACUGUUGCACUGUAAGACGUAAGGUGACUUUUGUACUUUUUCCACUGCAAGACUUGUAGCCCGUCAUACUUAAAAGCAGGCAUGCAAAAUCCGGGGUAACAGAAUUAAUCAUUUGCCACACAAUGUAACAGCUACUCUUGGGAGAACGUUUCUAGAAAGAAACUAGCAACGCCCAGAGUGGAACCAGUUAGCCAGAUAUCCCUAUUUAUUAACCAGAGUCCAGGAAGGGGGGAGGGGUCCUCAUUCAUCAUUCCUAAGUUCUCUUUUGACUUAGCGCAUCCUCAUACCUACGUGGCAAUGCCAGUAAUCAUUCUUUUCCCUCUCCUUGCGAACCUUUUAAAGAUUGUCUGAAAAUACUCAAACAGAAGGACUGGACUUUUAGUUUGUGCAAAGCCAGCUUCUUUUCCCAGGACUUUGUUUCAAAAGCUUAUUUCUUUAGUCUGACGUAUGCAUUUAUCAAGUUUCAAAGCCUUUAGAUCAACCAACCUGAAGAUUCUUAACAAAAAUCUACCCGUUUGCUUUUGUCA